AUGAAGCCUACGACGCCCGUCGCGGAAUGGGCCUCUCUCGCAUUACUCUUCGCUCCCCCCACGGCCCUGGCGGCACUGCGGCCUCCCUUCAUCGACCCCGGGGCUCUCCCCACUACGUCCAUCUUCAAGGGACCUUGGGAGAGUUACAUCAAGGCGCCCGCUGACAAGACCCGCAUCGUGCCGGCCCGCAUAUGGGACGCCAAGGGCAAUGUCACGACAUCCGGGCUGGGGGAGGUCGAGGUCGGCGCGAAGGCCGCAGACGCAUUCGGCCACGGCGUCACCGUUGGGCCGGGCGGGGUGCUGACGCUCGAGUUCGAGGAAAACAUUGCUGGACGCGUGUGCUUCGAUGUGUCCUCCGCCGGCAACGAACCCGAGAUAUACCUGGCCUACUCCGAAUCCUUGCUCUAUGCCGGACCGCAACCGGACACCACAACGGAGAAGCUGGAGCGCGACUUGCCGUUGCACUUUGAAUUUGACGACACGACCGGCACGGUGUGCGUGGGCAAGGAGUUUCUGCGGGGAGCCUUCAAGUAUCUGACCCUCUCGAUGCCGGAAUACCCCGUCAUCGCAGAUGACCGCGUCGUCGAGCAACCCAGCCCGGAUGGCCAGGUCGUCUUCGCGGGAGAUCGCAGCGACAGCGAAGAAGGCCAUCGCGGUCCGUCCGGCAGGGACCCUUACAAAAAGCCGUGGGUAACGCUCCGAAACCUCUGGGUCAACUGCACCGCCUUCCCCUCGCAGCCCAACGGCCGCGCCUACUCGGGCUACUUCCACAGCUCGAACCCCAUGCUCAACCGCAUCUGGUACGCUGGCGCCUACACCCUCCAGCUCUCCACCAUCGACCCGCGCGAGGGCUCCGCCCUGAUCGACUACAACCGUGACUGGGACCACAACGAGUCACCCAAGGGGUCGUGGUACUCCAACUUCACCAUCGCCAACGGCACCGCCGUCACCACUGACGGCGCCAAGCGCGAUCGCGUCGUCUGGCCGGGCGACAUGUCCAUCGCCAUCCCCGGCAUCGCCGUCAGCACCUACGACAUGCUCGCCGUCCGCAACGCCCUGGACGUCCUCUUCGACCACCAGUACCCCGACGGCUCGUUGCCCUACGCCGGCCCGCCCCUGGGCUUCCGCCGUGAGUUCAGCGACACGUACCACCUCCACACCCUGCUGGGCGCCUACAACUACGUCAAGUACUCGGGUGACGUCGACUGGCUCGCUCGGCGCUGGCCAGCGUACCUCAAGGCCCUCGAUGUAAGUAUCGGCAAGGUCGACCGCACCGGCCUUCUCCACGUCACCAGCGGUGCCGACUGGCUGCGCCCUGGAAUGACGGGCCACAACCUCGAGGCCAGCGCCCUCCUCAGCGCCGCCCUGGACAAGAGCAUCAGGCUCGCCGAGUGGCUCCGCGACGACCGCCCCGCGGCCCGCCCGCACGGCGUCUGGUCCGUCGCACGCGCCAGGCUCAACGCGGGGAUCCAGCAGCUCUUCUGCAAAGACACGGGGCUCUACUCGGACAACAUCGGCCGGCGCGGCUGCCGCGGCCCGGAGCAUACCGACCCACAGGACGGCAACAGCUGGGCCCUCAUCUCGGGCGCCGCGCCGCAGUACCGCCGUGCUGUCGUCUCGGAGAACCUGCGGUCGCGGUGGACUAGGCACGGUGCGCCGGCCGUCGAGUUCCCCAACGUCAUCUCCCCCUUUGUCUCGUCAUUCGAGCUGCUCGGCCACGCCGCCGCCGACAACCACGACGCGGCCGUGGAGCUGAUGCUCCUCGAGUGGUCCUACCUCCUCGACGGCCCCGGCUUCACAAACAGCACCCUCGCCGAGGGCUUCAUGGUCGACGGCGGCGUGCAGUACCCGGCCUACCGGUCAGCGGCCCGCAACUCCCACUGCCACGGGUGGUCCUCGGGCCCGACGAGCGUGCUGACGUCCGAGGUCCUGGGCAUCCGGCUCCUCGCCCCGGCGGGCGCCGAGUGGACCGUCCGCCCGCACCUCUCCAAGUGGCUCGGCUUCGCCCGGGGCGGCUUCGCGACGACCAAGGGCCCGUUCGAGGUGAAGCUCACCCGUGUCGUGGCUUCGACCUCGUCCGCGGCGCCGGCUAACCAAAAGAGGCGGCGGAGGGGCCAGGUCAUCGAGGUCACGACCCCAGCGCUCACCCACGGGUCGUUCGAGUGGGGCCCGUCGUCUCACAAGGUCGAAGUCGAGGGGGGCCAGCCGGCGGCCUGGGUCGUCUGGGACGACGACGCCUCGGUGGAGCAGCUCGACGUCUCUCUGGGGCGUGUCGAGGCGCCCAGCGAGGAGGAGUGGUAUCGUCAGAGCUUCAUCUACCGCGACGACACGCGGCUUGUCUACGACGACACCUGGGCGCCGCCGCCGAUGGCCGAGCGGCCGGCCGGCGAGGUCGAUUGGGACGCUCUGGAAGCAAACUACGCCGGGCCCCUAGCAGAGAUGGUUUAG